CGCGAGCGCUUCCCUCGCGCAGCAGUGGUACGCAAGGACCGCCGAUCCUGCGUAGGCGCCUCCCAACUUGUAACGAUUGAGUUGCGCGCUAAAUAGGACGCGCGCUGUGUUGUGACUGUAUGUGUGCUGUGAAGUGAUUUUUUUUUUAAAUUUUGGAGUUAUAGAUUUUAAAUAAAAUGAGGCAUCAGCGCUGGGCAUCAAACUUGGCGACGGCAACAUGGGUGCUGUUCACCCUUCUGCUGCCAACAGACGCACAGCUCCUCAAUCCUGUCACAUCGUUCAUGAACUUCCUGAAUGAAGGCUCCAAUCAACUGGACAACGAACCACCAGAUCAAAAUAACAUGCUGAGUGAAUAUGACUUCAUCAUCGUAGGAGCCGGUACAGCGGGAUGCGUGUUAGCAAACCGUCUUACUGAAAUCCCAGAUUGGAAAGUUUUACUUAUUGAAGCAGGUAACAAUGAAAAUUAUGUCAUGGAUAUCCCAAUCGUAGCAAACUACCUUCAAUUCACAUCAGCUAACUGGGGAUAUAAAACAAUGCCCUCUAAAAAGUACUGUGCAGGAUUUGAGAACCAGCAGUGUAACUGGCCUCGAGGAAAAGUAGUCGGAGGUUCUAGUGUCCUAAAUUAUAUGAUUUAUACACGAGGAGCUAAACCUGACUACGACAGCUGGGCAGCGAUGGGUAAUGAUGGCUGGAGUUGGGACGAAGUUCUGCCAUAUUUCAAGAAAAUAGAAAACUUCAACAUCCCGUCGUACAAUGAUCCAAAAUAUCACGGGCGCGAUGGACACCUCAACGUCGAAUACGCUCCAUUCCGAACCACUAAAGGGAAGGCUUGGGUCAAGGCAGCACAAGAAAUGGGUUUUAAAUAUAGUGAUUACAAUGGAGCAGAACCUGCCGGUGUAUCUUUCCUUCAACUAUCAAUGAAAAAUGGAACUCGUCAUAGCUCUAGCAGAGCUUAUUUACACCCAGCCAAUGGUCGAAAUAAUCUCCAUGUGUCUAAGGGCAGCAUGGUAACCAAGCUUAUUUUUGACGAAACCAAGACUAGAGUAAUUGGAGUCGAAUUCGAAAAACAAAAUGUGAAACAUAAAAUAUUGGCGAAGAAAGAAGUGAUUGUAUCUGCUGGAGCUAUUAAUUCUCCUCAACUAUUGAUGCUGUCAGGUAUCGGUCCAAGAAAUCAUUUGGAAUCAAUGAGAAUAAACGUUGUAAAAGAUUUACCAGUAGGGUACAAUUUAAUGGACCACAUAGCUGCCGGUGGAAUUCAGUUCUUAGUUCGACCGCAAAAUCUGACGCUGUCUACAGAAUACAUAUUAAAUCAUUUAGAACUAGUGUUCAAAUGGAUGAGAUCACAUAAAGGCCCACUGUCAAUUCCUGGUGGUUGCGAAGCUCUUAUAUUCCUGGAUUUGAAAGAUAAAUUCAACACAACAGGUUGGCCUGACAUGGAACUACUCUUCAUUUCAGGCGGAUUGAACUCGGACCCACUAUUACGACGUAAUUUCGGCUUUGAUAACCAAAUUUAUGAUGAUACUUACGGCCCGCUAGGAAAGUCUGACGCCUUUAUGGUCUUCCCGAUGUUAAUGCGACCCAAAUCAAAAGGCAGAGUUAUGCUACGAAGCAAAAACCCCAGAGCACACCCAGCCAUAAUACCAAACUAUUUUGAGUAUGCAGAAGAUUUACAGAAGAUUGUAGAAGGAAUUAAAGUAGCAGUGCAAAUAGCAAGACAACCAGCUCUGAAGAAACUUGGUGCCAAAUUGUACGAUGUUCCGAUAGAGGACUGUUUACAAUACGGUCCGUUCGGUAGCGAUGAGUACUUCGCUUGCCAAGCACAAAUGUUCACAUUCACUAUCUACCAUCAGAGUGGCACUUGCAAAAUGGGAGUAGAGAGUGAUCCUUCAGCAGUGGUGAGUCCGAGAUUAAAGGUCCACGGUAUUGAGGGUCUCAGGGUAAUAGACGCAAGUGUUAUGCCUGAGAUAGUGUCCAGUCAUACAAACGCCCCUACGUAUAUGAUUUCCGAAAAAGGAGCAGACAUGAUAAAACAGGAUUAUGGUAAAUUGAGAUAGAACUGUCUAUACGUGUUUUUUUUAAAUUUAUAAAGCACAUCUGUGAUGUUAUUAGUUACAUAAACUUACAUAAACUUACAGUUACAUAAACUUAAGUGUUUGCAAUUUUUAUGAUAAAAGUGACCAUAUAAUUGUAUUUAUUAAAUGUAUAACAAAAAUAUUUUAUUUGUACCUCUAUAAUAAUAUAUGUAUAGGUUAUGUUAGAAAUCUUUGUCAGUAGGGUAGUUUCCUCUGAUUGGUUUUGGACAAAACCAUAGAAAUAUUUUUAGGAAUCAAUUUACUACCAGGUGAAUAAAGCACUACUUGGGUCGAAUCAUUUCACCUGGAUUAUGUCACUUGGAUGAAAUAAUGCCCAGGUGAAAUGAUGACAUCAAAAAGUAGAAUACGCCAAUAUUAUACGUAAGUUGGACAGAUUGAGCUCCAAAAAAUGGGACCAACUAGACCACCCUAUUGACGACGUUAAACUAUUGAAAUGUCUAUUUUAGUUUUAUCAAGUGUAUAGAAAAAUCAAAUGUUACAUGAUUGACAUUACUAACAUUCAAUACCUUAAUGGUCAAUCCCAUACAUUGAUUUAUUUUACGGCCUUUUGUCUUGUCUAGGGGGACUAUAGUGCAAAUUAAAUAGUUAAGAUUAUACUCCAUAGAUUAUAUUAUAGAAUAUACUCCAUUGGAUUAAAAAUGUUUUGUUAUAGGACAAAUCCAGUUUGUAUGAAACUGUGUUAGCAUUUCGGUAUUGGGGUUAUUUUAGAAACGUUUGUUAUUUAUCUAGAGGUCGGUAGUAAACUAUGUAUUUAAUACCGAAUAUUACCGAAUGAAAAACAUAAUUUUAAGUAUUUUAUAGUUUUAAGUACAUUACAUACCAGACGUAUACUACCGUAUAUUCUACGUCUUUGAUUGGCGAUAGCAAACUAUUGUAAGCAAAAUCUGUGUGUGGGUCUACAGUGAACCAGAGGACCUUAAUGUGUUAAUACCAUUUACAACCUUAUAUUUUAAAUAUUGUCUAACUUAUACUAAGAGAACGAUGUCAAAAUAAGUACGUUAAAAUAAUUUUAAGAAACCACCACAUAUGCGGGUAAACAAUUAGUUUUAAACGAAUCAAAGCCAUUUAACUUUAUGUACCAAACCAAAAUAUUGCUCUCUGUCUACCUACUAUUAAAGAAAUAUUUUUCUUUCGCAAUAUAAUUUAUAUUUUUCUUUAGCUGUAAAUGAAUAAAUGUGAAUUACUAAAUAAUAUUUGUCUUAUACUAUUUUUAUAUUACAAAGCUUAAGAUGUUGGAUUGCUUGAACGCGCUAAUCUUCGGAACUCCUGGUCCUAAUUGAAUAAUUAUUUUUGUGUUGGACAGUCGAUUUAUCGAGGAAGGUAUAUAAAAAUCACGCUACCAUCAAUAGGAGGCGGGUAGUACGUGUGAAACCAGCCGGAGUAGCUAGGAAUUCAUAUUUUCAAUUGUACCAUUAGUGAAUUUAUUAAAGAAAUACGA